AUGACGGAUCCCAAGAACGACUCCGCGCCCGAGGUGUGCCCCGUUGACCACAAGGCCCGCGAGGCCUGGCUGCAGCACGCCCGCGCCGCGAACCCGAGCGACACGCACCCUCACCCACCGCAACCCGUUGUCACGCCGGCCGACGUCCCGCCCCCCCAAUCACAGUCGCAGUCCUGGACGCAGUCCCUGCUGUCCCUGACGCCUUUCUCGUCAUCCUCCUCUUCCUCGAACGGCCCCGCGACGUCGCCUUCUGCCUCUUCUGCCAAUGCUGAGGCCUGCCCCGUAGACCAUAAGUCCCGCGAAGCAUGGCUCGCUCAAGCCCGCGCCGCGAACGCCGCAGCGAAUCCUCACAGCUCCCCCACGGCAAAACAAGACUCCCACCAACCCCUUCACCAGGCGCCACCACAGUCCUCGCAAUCCUGGACGAAAUCACUCAAAUCGUACAUCCCCUUCACAUCUUCCUCCCCAACAGCAGGAGACACGCCAAACCCCCCGCGCUCGGCGAACGUAAAACCGGGCCUCGAUACUGAUCGCGAGGUCUCGACGAUUCCCCGGACAGCAACUUCGGCGUACCCGGGCAACAGCCGGCCCUCGAACCAUGAGCAAGAGACGGGCGCGGACGAGGCGACUGGGAACUGGAUCUACCCCUCCCAGAAGAUGUUCUUCGAUGCCAUGAAGCGCAAGGGCCACGACGCCCGCGCCACGGACAUGGCGACUGUGGUGCCGAUUCACAAUGCCGUCAACGAGAGGGCAUGGAAAGAAAUCAAAGAGUGGGAGAAGCCGUAUCUUGAAGGCUCAGCCUGUGAAGGUCCCAAACUCCACUCCUUCCUCGGCCUCAGCACAAAUAUGUCCCCCAAGGCGCGCAUCAAUACCCUGCUAGGCUACACCCCACCCUUUGACCGGCACGACUGGAUCAUCGACCGCUGCGGCGUGCAGGUUGAAUAUGUCAUUGAUUUCUACGCCGGCCGCCCCGACGCCAAUGGCAAGCCCAGCUUCUACCUCGACGUUCGGCCGAAGCUAAACAGCUGGGAGGGCGUCAAGAUGCGCGCGCUGAGGGGCGUCGGGCUAGGUUGA